UGACUCAAAAAAGUGUGGUUACGUAUUAAACAUGAUCAUUUUUAAAAUAGUAAAAUAAUAUGUAACUAAAGGAUUUUUAUAAAUCCUUUACAUCAAUUCAAAAAUACUAUCAAAUUUAGCUGAUUCUAUCAAGAUGUUAAAGAUUACAAAUGUCAUCCAAAGGAAUGGCAUUCACAAAAGUAUAUCUUCACUAAUAAGGUUGAGCAAUUUCUCCUCUUCAUCGCCAGAAUUAAAGAAAGGUAUUCCAAAUUCCCCGCUAUCGGAAUCCAAUCCAGUACAGAGCAAUGACUUAAUCCAAAAGCCAGGUAAAGCGUUUGUGUCGCAUAAAUCUAUGGUGGCUGCUGCUUUCGCUUCACUCAACUUCGAGGAAAAUGACAUAAAAACUCCCCAAACCGAUGGGAAACUUUCGAACGCUAAAACUAUCGAUGAGCUGCUUUCUUUAUCAGAAGGAAGCGGAGUUUCCAGGCGACACGCUUUAAAGGUGGUUUCCAUAUUGGCUGACUGGUCCAAUUCCGGUAAAGCGAAUAUUUCAGACUUCGAAAGCGAUCCGAGGUUCAUUAAGCUGUGUCGCGUUUUAACAAAGACUUACAGCCCCAAUAAAUCACCAAAAACCGUAUCCCGCAGCGAGGAUUUAUCGACGGUGUUAAGUAUAACUGCUGAUGAUGAAGCUGCAAAGCUAAUAGACAACAUUACACUACCUCAAAUGGUUAAAGUAAUGACUGCACUGGCGCAGAAGAAAAGAAGAUCAACGUUAUUAUUACGUUCUCUUUCGUACAACAUAACACGAUCUACGAGCCACCUAAACAUGAAACAAUGCGGUGAUUUGUUGUACGCCAUGGCUAUCCUGAAUUAUCCGGAUGAAAAUCUUUUGUCGAGAAUUUCCGGAGACAUAACAUUAGAUAUUGAGAAAAAUAUUAGGAAAAGUUCAGUGGUCGGAUCCAUUUUGACUAGCAUCGGUUUGCUUAAGUACAAAAACCCAGCGCUGUUAGAUACUUUGAGCGAAUGGGUGCAUAGCAAUAAUACAAUUUGCAGACCUCAAGAUAUUUUUAGUUUACUUAUCACAUUGGCUGUCGUUAAUUACGUACCAAAUAACUCAGAAAAACUGUUUGAGGUCCUGUUGCCUCAAUUAAAUCCAUCCGAGGCCAGGAAGCCUUUAAUUUGGUUAGACAUUGUUUGGUCGUUAAGCUUAUUGAACAAGGCCACUAAUGAUCAUGUAGCUAGUGUACUGAAUGAAUCAUUCAUAAGUGAAUUAGGUGAUUCUAUAUCAAUUUCCACAAAAUUAAAACUGUUGAACAUUAAUGGUGCUGCACAGGUUUUGUUAUCUAAUUAUGAGGGGCCUACCAUACCUAAGGAUUCGCACUUAAGAAGUCUUACUUUAGUGCGGUCGAAAGAGAAGCAAGAAUUUGUAUCAUCUCUUUUAGACACCUUGAAGAACUUGAUACAAUCAGAUAAAUUUCUUAAUACAAACAUAUGCACCGAAUUUGGAUAUUACAUCGAUGCAGAAUGUAUUUUUGAUAAAAAAUGCAGUCCUUUAACCUUGGAUCAGGCCAGUUCAAACCCAGACGCUAGCAAGAUCGCUUUAAUGGCGCUUGACUACCACGAUAUGUGCAAGGGAAAAGUCGAACCGACUGGUGUUAACAGUUUUGCUUUAACAAUGUUGGAAACCCAGGGAUAUAAAGUAUUAGUCACACCGUUUACUGAAUUUAAACCAAGAGACAAACUGGUGCAUAGAGUACAAUACUUGGAAUCGAAACUAAAGGAAAUUGUAAAAUAAAGAAGUAAUUUCAUUGAUUAUUUAUAAAGUUCAUUUGAAAUAAAAGUUGAUUUUUAGAAAAUUGUGUAUUAGUUGUGAACAAUAUAUUAGCUAAUGUUGGAAAUUUUUGUAUUGAGUGCUUUUUUGGUAUUAUUAAAUUGUUCUUUCUUUAGUAA